AUGUCAACCCACUCCGCUUCAGCCAUCGACCAACAACCCAAAGCUCUGUCGUUUCGGCUCGUCCCCGAGCGUUCUGAAGAUCGACAAUUUGACGAGCUGGGCCGGAAAUCAACACUGAGUUCUCGCCUGAAGGCCGUUCUACCAAGCCGCCGUGCUGAAAAGGCCUCAAAGGGGGAGAAGACUCUGGAAGAGCGACGCUUGGUUCAGUUGGAGAGGAGAACGUUGAAGGAGAGCGGCGAUUACCUUGGUGUCACAGGGAUUAACCCAACCACCGGAGAGCUAGACGUCCUGACGCCCUCGACCACCAGUUUCAGCUCUGCGUCCUUGGCCAUUGACCAAAAGCUGGACUCGCAUAAAAAGACAAAGACCAAAACAACAAACAGUCGCAGAGGUGCCGCAGUGCUAACAGAAGAAGUGACCCAAAAGCUUCAGCACCUAGAGGAGCAGCGGUUCUCUCGAAAAGAUCAAGAGAAGGAGGCCAUACGACAAGCGCAGCGCAACGUUCGGUGGCAACGACAUCGACAACAGUGGUCUUCAGCGAAGGGACCAAUUCUUAGCCCUAUCGCACAGUCAAUCAAGAGCAUUUCUACUCGUGGGUCAGAGGCUAAAGAUCAAGGGCAGGAAUUGCCAAAGGUACAGGAAGUACAACACUUCCAUCAAACGGAUAUGAGUCACACGAAUCCCAUGUCCCACUUACCAAAGUACCUGAUCUCGGAAGAUGAUGGCGCCGAUUCUUCUAACACAGUAAUUCGAACGCCUCAACGAAGACGGUCGUCCUUCGUUACCCCCGAGUUCGAUGGAAAGCUUGGAAAUGGCAACUAUUCGGUUCCAGCUGGUGUAGUGAAACCAGCAAAAAAUACAAUCGCAGGCAGCCCGCAAGUCCAGAUCACACCUUCGUCACCCAUUUCCGAGCAGAUAGCUCUGGGAGGUAGCGCCUCGGACCGCCCGCAAGUCAUGAGGCAGGCAAUGCAAGCGCGCCAGGAAUUCAAGGUCCUAGCCUCCACCGAAGUUAUGGAGGGCCAGCCCCUACGAAUGACUUGCCAUUUCAUGGGAGAGCGCCGGUCAAAACUCAACGUCCAGAACGCGGUCGGGAAUUGCGGCCCACGACAUACAGUGACCACAUCCCCAUCCGAGUCAUUGUUGAUGUUCCAGAGUCCUUCGGUGGCUCUAGACACAUGGAUCGAAGAAUCGAAGACCAAACAUCCCUUCAGCAAGUUGAUGAGCGACAGCUUAAAGGAGAUAAACGAACUUUCAAGUCUGGUAAACAAGCCUUGUAUGAACCAGUGGAUGUCUCCAGGAGCAGCAGAGAGCCAGGAAAGCCUGCCGUGCUUCGGAGCUCAAGGAGAGAAGAAGGAUCCGAUGGCAAGACAUGCUACCACACCCAUCACCACCACUAUUGGGUCCGACCAAGUUCUUUUUCCAUUGAGUCCGUGGCAGAGUCAACUAGAGAAGAAAUGCAGCGAAAGCUGGAGCUUGUUGCAGAAUCGGCACAUAAGUCGACGGUACGACGAUCAAAUGUCGACAUCGACGGAGGACAUUUCGACCGAAUCAGUCCAUCAAUUGGCCAACGUCAAAAGGCGGACGGAGAAUUUAGUACCAAAAGGCAGUCUCACGGCAGCAACUCGGUUCCAAGAGGCUGCGAUCCAGAAGGGGGUCAGGAAGUCCUUUGUGAAGAAUUUCCCCGGCAAGGAGCUCGUCGAGGACGAGACGGACAACCUUGUCACGUCACACACGUCCACGUCUACAUCACCCCUAAACACACGGGAGAAAACGACGCAGUGGGACCAAAGCGAGGCGGUUUCGUUGGAGGCGGCGCGGGCCGCGGUAGCCAACUCGGGCAGCAAGAUGGCGCAAACUCGAAAGAGGUCUCUUCCGGGGAGGGAAGAAUUCCGGGCAUUGCCUCUCAGCCUCAGGAAGCCCCACGCCGAUUACGUUCCGUUUAGGAGGUUGCGGAGCAGCUUCAACUCGAUGAGGCAUCUGGGCAAGAGCCAACAAAAAUUAAUGGAGGCCGCAGAGAUGAACAGCGGCCAAAGCUCGGAGCUGUGUUCUGUCGGAACAAGGGGCAGCGUCAAUCGGCAGACUACGCGAACGACGAGCAAAGCAUUGCCAUCGACCAGACAUGCCAGGUCGAAAGCUGGCUACAGCAUGUCAAGUGCCCCGGCGAGCAAGGGCUCCGAAGGCGGCGGCAUCGAAAGUCGUUUGAGAAGAGAGACGUUUAACAAGCAUGUGCUAAAGUGCGCCACGGACGGCAAGCAGAUGAUGGGGAUGUUGGCCCGCUGGUAUUGGACGGUGAUCUCGCCAUGCUUUGAUCCGACAUCGCCUGCCAGGAAGCGACUUGAUGGCAACAAAUCAACAUGGGGGGAUUUUGUAUUGUUCCUAUUUGCGCUGGGCAGCGGUUUCACGUUGUUGGCGGCGGCAGUCCGGAUCGCGCAAGGAAUCGCAUUGCUGUUGGGAAUGGUGCACAUAAUACUGGUAGGCCUGAUUGCGAUUCUCGGUUCUUGA